AUGGAUCAAAACUGUGAGUUUAUCUAAAAAUUCAAACGAAAGUUUUUAGCGCCAAAAAUGUGCUCUAUGUGAAAUUAAAAAAUUGGAUAAUUCGAUUUGGAGAGCAGAGUAAUUUCCAAUAUAAAAUCGCGUCCUCUCGAAAAUAUUUAUUUUUUGUUAUUCGUAGUUUUUGUGAGGCAAAAAAUCCCAUUAUUUUGUCGAUUAUCAUAAUUUUAUGAGAUGCUUCUUUUUAUUGGUUACUGUAGUUUAUCACUUUGAAGUUUUGAAGAAGAAAAAGAAAGAAACUUGGAAAAUUUUGAGGGACAAAAUUCCACGUUCUUUUUGAAGAAUUUUCAAAAAAAAAGUAUCAGAAUAUUCCAAAUUUUUUUGCAAACCUCUAAUUUUUCAGUUUCUCCCACAUUCGGAUCAAUUGUUCUUUCACCCUAUACAACAUCACAAAACAACACAAAUUCUCUGUCGCAAAGCUACACCCAUCAUCAUCACCAUCAAAAUCUCGAUAAUUUGAAUAUUCAUCAAAAUGAAGUAGAAGAAGAUUGUUUGGAGCAAAAAGGAGGAGAACAACUAAAGGUUCGCGUGAUUUAUUGGGGAUUUUUUGAAACUUUUUUGUGUCAGGAAAUUAAUUAGCGCUAUUCAUGAGAAAGUCUUUGAACUUCUUUUGAAAAAAUAGUUUGACACGUCAUAUUUUAUGAUUACUGUACUUAUAUUCCGGUAAAUCAAAAUUUUUGAAAAAGAAAAUUCCUUCGAAUUAUAUUUUUUCUGUUCCUUGGCUACUGUAAAUACUAUUUUUUCAAAAUAGUCUCACAAUAAUUUCCGUGAGAAAAACUAUACGAAAAAACAGGAGCCACAGUAACCCAGACUACUGUACGUGUACAAAGUACUUUUGUCCAACCUACAGUACCUUUAAUUACUGUAAAUCAUUGCAUAAUUGUAAUUUUCCAAAACCAACUCAGUAUUUGUAAAACUCUGCAGUAAUUGAAAUUUUAGCAGUCGGCCGAAUCAAAAAAACAACGCAGAAAUCGGACAACUUUCACCACUUAUCAACUUCAUGAAUUGGAACAAGCUUUUGACAGAUGCCAUUAUCCGGAUGUUUUUGCAAGAGAAACUUUGGCAACAAAAGUGAGCUUGCCUGAAGUUCGAGUUCAGGUUCGUGAUUAUUUUUUAGAGUUCUGUGAGCUUAAAAAAGGGACAAGGAAGAGAAAAGGGAAUAUUCCUCUAAUAAUGGAGGAGUCCCGAAUUUUUCUCUGAUUGUAAAUAGUUUAACAUUGAUUUCCAGGGUUUGAGAGAGAGAGAGAGAAGUACUGUAGAUUCGGUAUAUAUUCUUUGUAGGAAAGUGAGAGAAUUUCGGAAUUGGUUUUUUUUUGGAUUGUUUUAUUUAAUUUUGACCUGAGCAAGAUUAGUGAGAUUAAAAAGUAUAGUUUAAAAUUAUAGUAUCUCUGAAACCAACACUGUCUAAAGAUUAUAUGAAUCUUCUUUAACAAUACAGUAACCCUUGCUCUUUGGUUUUUCCUGGGAACCUACAGUAUCCCAAAAAUAUUUGAAAAUUUUCUGUGAAGCCACAGUACCACUUUAUCCCAACCGAUAUACAUAAAUUUUAUUUUCGUACUUUUGAAAAGUACACGAAAAAAUUCCAAGAACUCUUUUUUUUCCCCAAUCAUCUUGCACUUUCUAAACUUUUUCGCCUAUUUUUCAUCAUUGCCAAAAUUAGUCACACACUCACAAAAAUCAUGUCAUUCUCAAUUAGCCAGCUACGCUUUUUUGUCACCCAUUUUCCCCCAACUUUUCCCUUUUUGCUCACAACAAAAAAUUUUGGAGAAGAAAAGGAAAAGGGAGCACGAAAAAUAAUCCAGUUUUAAGAGAGGUACAGUCGGAUGUGGAUGAAAAAUUUCAAGAUACAUUGAGUUUUUUUUCGCGAGUUAAGUUAAAUAUUUUCUUUUCUUCUCAAAACAUUUUCCGAACACAGCCAAAAAUAAUAAAUAAGGAAAAAAAGCAAAGUCAAGUCACAAGAAAUUUGAGCCGGGAACAAUUAGAUAUAGAAAUAGAAAAAAAACACAGAAGACAACUCGAUAAUUGCCACGUUGCAUUUUGUGUGUUUGGAGGUUGAAAUUUGAGGAGAAAACGUGGAAAUUGUUGGGUCAUACGGUGUCAAGAAAAAGAAAAUCAGGGUUUUGUUUUUAAUAUUUGGCGCUAGGGGGGGGAUUUUUUCGCGGAAAAAACACGUGGCUACAGUAUAUUCAGUUGAAUGUAUCUCGAAAUUUCUAAAUUCUAUUUUUUUGCGCAAAAAACCUGACUACAGUACCUCUCCCUCUCAAAACUUUUUUCACACGUCAAUAAAAAAUAUGAAAAAUUCUCGAAAAUACUAACUAUUCAACCAGCAGAAAACAACAACUUCCAAAAAAAACAUUUUUUUUGGGGGACGCCGAAUUUUUUUUUCAAACGCCACAAAAUGUUUUCAGGUCUGGUUUCAAAAUCGUCGCGCCAAAUUCAGACGACAAGAAAAACAGGAUAGUCGAAUUGAAGAGCAUUCGUUGAGAAAUGUGCAAAUUCCAAUUUGGUCGUGGCAAAACAGUAGCAAUAACAACAACAAUAAUAACCAUGAGACGACUUCUCAUUCGCCUCAAGACCCACCAAAAGAAUCGAUAAAAUCUACAGUACCACAAGAUGCCACGUAUCUUGGUGGAUUUCCACCAUUGCAGGAUACCGGAUUACCGGAGAAUUAUCAAAAUUUUUUGCCAUAUUUUAGUCAAUCCUAUUUUCCGUCAAAUUAUUCAUUUCAAUAUCCAACUCAACCUGAUUGCCAAAAUUAA